AUGUCGAACUAUCAGCCGAAUUCAGCUCCACCAUACUAUUAUCAAACUGCCUACCAUGGCACCUAUCCAAACCCACUCCUGUCUCCCGCACAACCUUACACGCCUUACGGACCUGGCCCCGCUCCUCCUUACAUUCCACUCGAAGAGCUUCCACGGCUACCUGAGGAACAUGAACGAUUUAUUAGAGUAGAUGAGCCAGAAAAGCAUUCUCAUAUACCCGUACGUCGUCCAACUCGGUACACACCGAUGAAGAAACGAGGGAGCACCAAAACCAAGCUCUUGAAGGCCUUCCUUCCUAUUAUCUUUUUUGGCUCGGUUACUGCAGGCGUCUAUUUCGGCUGUUUCUACCGCAAAGGCGAUGAGCACAAGCCCAAGCAUGAAGAAUCUCUAUCUGAUACUUCCGAAGUUCCUACUCCUACAAGAAUUGGUCCAGCAGUCACCACGGUUAACUCUUUCGUUCCCACCAGCUCGUUUGCUAGUUUUGGUUCUGUUACGAACGGUAACACUGGACUGGUCCCAAAUCCCACCUUAAAGACUGCUUUUUCAACAUUCACGAACGAUGCUUGGACCCCUCUUCCUACAGUCACCACUGUCGUGAUUAACAGCCCUGUCGCAGUCAGAAACCCUUGGGAUGUUAGUGUCUUUGAGAAGAGCGAAUAA